AUGGGUUACUUGAAGACCCUAUUGGCUCUUAUGGGAGAUCAGAGAAGGCCCAGCGCAGAGGCAGAGCCACAGCCAGACGCCGUGUCUCUAGGAGAUGAGUUCAUUCUUCCGAAUGAUUACAGACCUAAUGAUGUGGAAGAUGUACUCCAGACACCUCAGAACAUGUCGGUCACGUCCAUUGGAGAUACCCAAGAUUCAGAGGUUCAGGUUUUAGAGACCGUUCCAACACCGGUGGAGAAGAGAACGAAGAAAAGGCCAAGGUGGUUUGACGAGUACACCGAAAUGAAGAAGAAGAUGAAGCCAUCAACAACCAAUGUGAAUGUUGACCCACUUCGGCCCGUUGAUGAGAAGCUACUACAUAGUUUUCGAAAUUGGUUAGUGGGAACCAUCGGAAACAAGUAUCCAAGGGACGUCUUCACCGGUCUGUGUGGCGUGGCUUGGUUCUCGACCCUAAAUACAGACAAACUAUGGCUUUAUGAUGACCAUUUGGAUGCUGCUUUCCAUAUGAUGAGGAGGAGGCAACACUUCUUCCCGGAGUUGUACCCACGUAAGUGUACUGUCAUGCCAUCUUGGUUUAGCUCAUCGUUGAGGGGUCGGUGGGAUGCUUGGAAGAGCAAUACUGACCAUGAUGGUUUUGUUUGGGAUGAGUCCAUCUUGGAACUCCUUCGUGGGGAUCCAAACCAAUUUUUGCCUUCUUGGAAGGGUAUGGAGUGCAUAUACAUGGCCAUGUUCUUGAACGGACCGAAACAUUGGAUCGCUAUGGAGGUCAAUCUUGAGUUGUGGAAGAUAUUCCUCUUCGAUUCGAGUCUUGGAUCUCUAACGAAAGACGAACUGAAUUCGCUUAUGGAUGUGUGGUGCCCUUUACUAGCCAAAUUGGUGGACCAAUGUGGUGUAUGUGACACUCAUUACAUGGUGAUGGUCCCUCAAAUGACAGCCUCCGAAAGUCAGGUCAGACCCUUCGACUGGGAAAUAAUGGACAAUAAAGUUGUACCUCAGACAAAAUCGAGCGGCGAUUGUGGAAUGUACGUCAUAGAGCAUAUUGAGCAUAAGUUAUUGGAUCUACCAUUCGAUGGAGUACAUGAUCAGCAUAUGUCGCUCUUUCGCCAGAGAUGGGCAGUAGAUUUAUUCUACCAGAACUUGGCAUGAACUUUAGAUGUUUAAUUUUUUAUAUUUGUUGAACAAUGUUUACUUUUACACUUUUCAA